UGUGGGUACCCGUCACCAAGGAGAGAAAAACCAAAAGUCAAAACUUUUCCUUUAUUGAUUAACAUCGCGGUUUUUUGUUAGGGUUGAAAUUUGAGUUGAUCCGUUUUUAAACUGUUCGUAAUGAUACUUUGAUAAUCAUUCUUGUUCAACAAACCACACUAUGUGGCAGAGCAACUGUUAAUAAGUUGUUUUACAAUCAAUGGGAUCUAAAUACGUGGCAAAGCAAGUUCACAAUCCAGUGCAUCGCCGACCGAGGAAAAUGGUGCUGAUUCAUAGGAUAUCACAUCGUCACAUGUCAUCCGCCCUGAUCGCAAAACUUUUAUCGCCGCCGCUGGUGUGGUCACUGUAGGGACCACUGGCGGGUCGAGUCAGGGUCCCACGCAACAUUAUCCACGAGUACGUAUGAGUGCUCCACUCGUAAAAUUAUGGGAAAUUGCUUCAACGGAUGCCUUUCGGAGGAGAGUCAAACACGCAACCGGACGUUGACCGCUAGUGAUAGUCAGUAUGAGAUGCUGGUAGAGGAGUGUUCUAAGCAACAAGGAAAGAUUAACCAAAUUACACCAAAAAAAAAGCCCAAACUUUUUGGAAAAUUUUGGAAACGGAAAGGAGAUGUGGAGUACUCAAGACUGAAUAAAUCAAACAAUAAUUUUAUAAGCAAGGGUAAUCAAAGCGACCAUCAGAAAUCAGGAUCAGAAAUUCCACUGCAGUGCCUCGAUGCACACUCGCUUCUGCUGGUGUCGAAAGAUAGCAAUACUCGUAAAAACGGAUAUCAUGAUCUGAACACGGAUGUGACAUCAACUCCGGGCAGCUCACUGGACCUGGAGUGGGAGAAUGAUUAUGGAUAUCAGAAUAGUCACUGGCAACUACGAGCAAGUGAUGAUCAACAGCUUCCAUAUACAACGGCAAUGGAUCCGGUGUUCAAAGUGGAAGAAUGGUCUAUCCUGAAGAAAAGCAAAGAUCGCAUCAACUUCAUCAGAAAGUUAGAUCGCGCUUCAUCGGUACGCAUUCAAGACAAUGCAAACGGGCCAAACGCUGGUGGCAGUUCGCACCCUCUAUCCAGCGUUGGCGGCAAUGGUUCAGGCAACAUUGGUACACCAUCGAUUGUGAGCUGUGGUUCAAAUGCUUCCUCGUCACACAUAUCAACGCCGGAGGAUUCACUCGAGUGGGACAUCGAUCAGGAUCGGCAGCUAAAAUCGGAAAACGAAUCACUAGACCUAGAAACCAAAGAACUGCUGCUGGAAAUCGAGCAGCUAAAGAAUCGGGUUCUCAACGAAACUGGUGCUAACUUGAAGGAUCUGAAAUACGACGAGUCAAUCAGUUGAUUGUUUACAAUGGGAACCGACCGGGGCUUAUGGGAUGGACCGAAAAUCAAAUAAUUGACUUUAUAUAACCGUAGGAAAAACUGGAAACAUAGUAAAAUCAUGUUAAAAACAAUUUUAGAACACGGAUUAUAAGCAGAAACAAGAAAGUGUAACGUAAAUUUCAUAGUGAAUCGUUUCGAAAUACAAAGCGAAGGAAAUAGCACCAGUAUAAUCUAUAUUUAUUGUGAAUUCUAUAUAUUCCAGUUUAUGAGAAACUUCUUAGAUAUAAUUCAGUGACAUCACAAACAAUGCAAAAAGAGAAUUAAUCAAAAAUUGGUUAUCAAAAGAAUUGUUGAACAAUUACUGAACGGCAUUUAUUUUCCACAAAAUGGAAAACGUUUCGAAUCUUGUUAGAAAAAGUCGUCUUGAGACGAUCGAAGUGUAUAAUAAAUUCUGAAUAACAGCUAAGUUUAUACGUUUUUAU